UAGUCUAAUAAUCUAUCUCUUCUCGUUCUGAUGGAUAUCGUGUAAAAAUCAUAACUCAAACAUUUUUAAUACAAACUAUUAGGAGUGUAAAUUCAUAGACACGUUUAAGUUAAAUUUUUAAGAGAAUUCAAGAUUAGUCUGAGAAGUUUCCGGUUUUAUGAUAGAAUAAAAAAGGUUGAGGGAUAGCUUGCAGAUGGUUGGUCGACUUUUGUCUUCAUUGGUUUGGUGAUUUGUAUCCGAUCACCAUGAAUCGUACUCAACGGAGGACUAAGGCCGUUUUGAUUUUGAAAAUAUUGAACGUAGUUACUGGAAUUUUGAACGUGAUGUCGUCAAUUGCAUUGCUAUAUAUUGCGAUGUUUCUCAUAUCGUUCACCAAGGCCUACGGUCACUCGUGGCUGCAUCCAUUCGCACUGACAUUCGUUUUUAUAUUUAUUAUGUGCGCCUCGAAGUUAUCCUUCGAUUUUAUCUUUAUUUACAGCGUGGUGAAGGAGCGCCUUACGGUCGUUAAGCUCUACUGCUACUUGUCCGUGGUGCUUCUGAUCCUGAUGACUACGUUCUUGAUGACUGUAGGGACUGAAACCGGUGAAACGAAUCUAUGGAUUAUCUUGUACAGUCUCAAUAUCAGCACUAUUCUUCUGAGCCACUUCUACGAACAGAUAUGUGGUACAGAGGUUGAAACUACACAAAAAGUUUAAAUUAAACUUCUUGAAAUAUUUUGAAGUAUAAUAAUUAUGAGAAAUGUAUCGCGUGUAUUUUUAGUUAUAUAGAAAAUAAAUUAAUUGAUAGACAAUAAAAACUAACUUAGUAUUGUUAUUAAGGCUCAGGCAUACAUUUUUAAGUUCUAGAUCUAUAAUUUUGUAAUGAUGAACGCUUCCUUAAAAUAUUAUUUUCCUUAAUUUCCGAAUUAAGUUUUGUAUUUACUUUUCCUGUGGCAAAAAUAGGUGUUAGUCGAAUAUUGAGUGCGAUGUAAACUCAGUUAUAUUUAAAGUAAUUAAAUGUGAAUAAAGUGUAUCAUGUUAUAA